CAAUAACCGAAUUAUAUUUUCUUCCAGCCUAUGCAAGAGUAUAGAAAAAGUGAUGAGCCUUCUUAUUCUUAUACUAUACAUAAUUUGCGAGGUACUACUAUGUUUACAGAGCUUCAAAUUGUACAAGGACUGGACUCGUCUAAAAGCAGAGGACGUAGCUACAGGCAUGACUAUGCUAUUGCAAACAUUACAGCACCUGUUUUUCUACUUUUAUGCCUCGCAAAAUCUUAUGAGCCAGACGCAGGACCUUCAUACGUCGAUCUACUGCAGUGAAUGGUACAAGGCAGACUGCAAAUACCAGAGAUCUCUGACAAUAGUGCUGUCACGGAGUGUGAGGCCUGUCAUACUAACAGCUGGCAAAGUUCUACCAGUCACCUUCAGGUCCUUUUUGAAGGUCACCUCUUAUUAA